AUGAAAAGGUGUUUGAACUCCGGCCGCCUCCUCCGAUAUGGCCGCAGACUAUCCUCUCCUCUGAUUGCAAGACGCUCGAUAUCGGACGGACCCGACGCGCAGAAAGUCACAAAAUACACUCUCGCUGAAGCCAACAACCUCUUUGCCCGGUAUAAACCUGAUCACAAGCUUUAUCCACCAAUAUCCCGAAAGCGUCAACAAUUUUUAGAGCACUGGAUUCCAUGCCUGGAAAAAUGCCUGCCUCCUCCGUCGCAAGCGGGCGCCAAACAGGCACACCAGGUAGGCAGUUCACUUGAAGUAUUCAAAGAGGAUUUUGAUCGGGUUUCUUCGUUGGCGGGAUGGAUGAAUCGCUUCAGAGAGCGAUUCCAGCUGGAUCCGCUGGUGCAUAUGGGUUUCAACUUGGACAAAUGGGAAGCGGUGCAUGCUAUGUUGAACGAUCUUGUGGAUGCUCAUGAGCUGCUGGUUCCUUACAUGAACGCUCCACAGGCUUCGAAUCUUGAUUGGAGCUUGGGUUCGGGGGAAUCGCUUGACGACAUGACUUCAGUCGCAAGCCAUCAAUCGCUUAACGUCGUCGCCCCAGACACGACGACCUCCCUCCACGCUUUAACCUGGCCACCCACCGUGAAGGUGUUUUCACAUGUCCUCAUGGCGGAGGUCUGGCAGACUCUUGGGUCUUUGGUUCUGGAAGCUGCAGAUCGGUCUCCGAAGGAAUCCCAGCUUGCCAUGUCCUAUGUCUUCCGGAUCCUUGCACGGUUACAUCACUCGGGCUUGAUCUCUGAGCGGGUGUACCAAUAUCAUGAUCCUGAUACUAGCCUGCAUGCCUUUCGCCCACCAACGCUGCAUUUGCUGUCGGGCCAUAUCAUGAGUGUUCUUUCUGAUGCAGCGUGGUUGGAGCAUCAAGCUGCUGUGGCUGCCAGGGCAGCAGAGACUGGGGAAGAAUCACCGUAUCUGCCCUUCAAAAUGGGAGUUCGAGAACUCGGUCCGGAGAUUUGGUUCGAGCUCAUCUUGUGGUGUUGUGUGGAGCAUGGAUUUCCCACAGAAGGGGCAUGGUUGGUGAAACAGAUGAUGGCGCGGAACGAAUGCUGGAAGGUCGAAAGCUGGGCGCCUCUAUUGAGGGAUUUUGACAUCGUCCGGCAAACAAACAUUGGCACAGAACAGUUCUGGCGCCGUCCGAGUCGUGACACCGUCUCUCGAAGUCAAGACAAACCACCGUUCCGUGGGCUAUGGGGGCGGACGAUCAGCACUGAAGUGGUUGCUUCUCUCCGAAAUGGCCUGAUUCACAACGCGUUUAAUGAGAUAGGCACCAAGGGGUGCGGUAUCACGCGGCUUCUUCAACUUUCAUCCCAUCUUGAUUCCUUGAUCGAUCCCACCAAGUCUGCGCAUGAUCUUCGACCUACGACUAAAGCCACGAAUUGGCAUACGGUUCAACUCCUUGAGAGCGGGGCAAUUGAUCCCGAAAACGACCCUGCCAGUCUCGAGCGAAUCUUACGGUUACAUAAUGAAGUUGUGCCAGCAUGGGAUGGCGACGAGUUGACCAUGGUGCAGCAUCUGGCUGGCAUGACAAGAGCUCAAUUUUACAAUGAUUCAGCGGCCGUGGUUGGGUUGGUCGAACUCAACAUUAGGGCUUAUGCCAGGGAUUGUCUGACAACAAGCGUGUUUCACCAAUAUGCUUGGUUGCAGAAUAUUGUGGAUGCCAGCACAGUGCGCCGCACGGAAACAUUUUUCGAGCAACUCAAGCAGUCGGGCACCGAACAGGUCCCGUUCUUCGACUCCCGGCAUUUUCCCUCGCCUAAAUCGUCCCUUUCACAGGUGUCAAAUGUCACUCAUGCCGCAAUACUUGAGCUGGCUACCACUUCUCGGGCCUUUGACUUUGGCAACUGGCUGCUCUUCUCGGAUGACGUGGAUGGUCCUCCGAUUCCCCCCAGUGCUUAUGGCGAGCAAGUUCUAACACCAUCGCUUCUCCGUUUUGCCGCUGCCACCCAAAAUUCACAGCUUGGUCAUCAAGUCCUCCGUUCUGUCCAAAUGCCCUUCCGUCUCAACACUCUCAAGGCUGUACUUGACUAUGAGAUUUCAGUGGGUGACUGGGACCGCGUGGUUCAGAUGUUCCAACAUAUCAGAGACCGCAAAGCAAAGUCCUGGGGUUACAGUAAUCUCGCUACUCUCGCCGCUGCAAUCAUCAGACGGGACGCCUCCAUCUUGCACAAGGAGUCUCAAGGAAUUGCCGUCAGCGAGGAAGAGAGGCACAGUCUGGCACAAGCUCGGGAUAUCCUCCUCCGUCUUUUCAGUGGCGAAUUUAAUUCGCCCGAGGGCAGAAACGAUACAAACCGCUUUCAACAGAGGGCCAUCUAUAGCAUGUACAGUCUGCUAUCGUCUCUUCCAGGCUCUUUCCGAGAACUCUUCAAGUCGGCCAGUCUCCAGUACGUCCCCGUCAAGUCGGAAACGAUCGGUUACAUCCCCACUGUUUCUUUCAACGUCCUCCUCGCCGCCAUUGUGGAUGGGUAUGGCUGUUAUUCCGGCAAAGGAGUUUAUAGCAGGUGGUGUCGGUACCCCCACAGGGGCGUCGACAACGGCACUGCUGACCUAGAAUUUGCUCGGGAGCGCAAUCAUCUACAAGGUGGUGCGCACGUCGAUCCAAAAUGGCACGCCAGUGUCCAUAAUAGACUUGUCAUCCCAAACCUCGACACCACCCGCAUCAUCGCGCAGGCCGCGAUCAGGGAGUUGGAGGUCUUAACAGACGAUUCGACUCCCGACAUGCUAAAUCCUCUUCGUUUCUACAAGGUCAAGCCCAAUACAGUCUACCGCACCACCCGAGAGUGGGGAAAACCUCCCAAGACAGUGCCAGAGGGUGUCCUCGAUUUUUGCGUCGAAAUGUUCUUGCGCGAGGGUCUGGCCGAACACGAAAUCGACCGUGAAACCAAUGGUCAUGUUGCGCGCAUGCGUGAGAGGAAAGCCAUCUGGCCCUCCGCGUUGCAGCACAAUAAUGCCCUAAGUCAUGCGCUCGACCAUGGCGUGGGCGAUUGGUAUAGUCCUGUUGGAGGGUGGCCUGUUCGUCCGCCAGAGGAGGUGUUUGUGCGAGAGUGA